AUGAUUGCGAAUACCUGUCUCCUUCCCCGUGGAAAGACUUUCUUCCCUGUUCUACUAGGAAUUAUCCACUCAUCAAACCCUCUCCUUCCGGCAUUGGAAAGCUCUCCGUCACUCACAACAUGGAAAUUCCAGGGGCAUGGAGUCCUCGUCUUCCCUGAAAUUCCACCUGGGACUUAUCCUCUUUGGUCACCUGAUCAAACCUGUCUCCUUCCUGCUUUGUGCGAAUACCUCUCAUCAUCACUGUCAGAGGGGCAUGGAAAGUCCUCCGUUUCCCUGAAAUUCUACCUGGGACUUAUCCUCUUUGGUCACUUGAUCAAACCCGUCUCCUUCCUGGUGCGAAUACCUAUCAUCAUCACUGUCAGAGGGGCAUGGAAAGCCCUCCGUCUUCCUGAAAUUCCACCUGGGACUUAUCCUCUUUGGUCACCUCAUCAAACCCGUCUCCUUCCUGCUUUGUGCGAAUACCUCUCAUCAUCACUGUCAGAGGGGCAUGGAAAGCCCUCCGUCUUCCUGAAAUUCCACCUGGGACUUAUCCUCUUUGGUCACCUGAUCAAACCCGUCUCCUUCCUGCUUUGUGUGAAUACCUCUCAUCAUCACUGUCAGAGGGCCCUCGGAAUGCUUUGGUCCGUCUCCUUCCCAAAUUCCACAUGGGACUUAUCCCCUUUGGUCACCUCUUUGGUCAUCAAACCUGUCUCCUUCCUGCUUUGUGCGAAUACCUCUCAUCAUCACUGUCAGAGGGGCAUGGAAAGCCCUCCGUCUUCCCUAAAUUCCACCUGGGACUUAUCCUUUGGUCACCUGAUCAAACCCGUCUCCUUCCUGGUUUGUGCGAAUACCUCUCAUCAUCACUGUCAGAGAGGCAUGGAAAGCCCUCCGUCUUCCCUGAAAUUCUACCUGGGACUUAUCCUCUUUGGUCACUUCAUCAAACCCGUCUCCUUCCUGCUUUGUGCGAAUACCUCUCAUCAUCACUGUCAGAGGGGCAUGGAAAGCCCUCCGUCUUCCCUGAAAUUCUACCUGGGACUUAUCCUCUUUGGUCACCUGAUCAAACCCGUCUCCUUCCUGGUUUGUGCGAAUACCUCUCAUCAUCACUGUCAGAGGGGCAUGGAAAGCUCUCCGUCUUCCCUGAAAUUCCAUCUGGGAAUUAUCCUCUUUGGUCACCUGAUCCAACCCGUCUCCUUCCUGCUUUGUGCGAAUACCUCUCAUCAUCACUGUCAGAGGGGCAUGGAAAGCUCUCCGUCUUCCCUGAAAUUCCUCCUGGGACUUAUCCUCUUUGGUCACUUCAUCAAUCCCGUCUCCUUCCUGCUUUGUGCGAAUACCUCUCAUCAUCACUGUCAGAGGGGCAUGGAAAGCUCUCCGUCUUCCCUGAAAUUCCAUCUGGGACUUAUCCUCUUUGGUCACCUGAUCAAACCCGUCUCCUUCCUGCUUUGUGCGAAUACCUCUUAUCAUCACUGUCAGAGGGGCAUGGAAAGUCCUCCGUCUUCCCUGAAAUUCUACCUGGGACUUAUCCAACUUUGGUCACCUGAUCAAACCCGUCUCCUUCCUGGUUUGUGCGAAUACCUAUCAUCAUCACUGUCAGAGAGGCAUGGAAACUCCUCCGUCUUCCCUGAAAUUCCACCUGGGACUUAUGCUCUUUGGUCACUUCAUCAAACCCGUCUCCUUCCUGCUUUAUGCGAAUACCUCUCAUCAUCACUGUCAGAGGGGCAUGGAAAGCCCUCCGUCUUCCCUGAAAUUCCACCUGGGACUUAUGCUCUUUGGUCACUUCAUCAAACCCGUCUCCUUCCUGCUUUGUGCGAAUACCUCUCUCAUCAUCACUGUCAGAGGGGCAUGGAAAGCCCUCCAGGGGCUGGAAAGCCCUCCGUCUUCCCUGAAAUUCCACCUGGGACUUAUCCUCUUUGGUCACUUCAUCAAACCCGUCUCCUUCUUCUUUUGCGAAUACAACAUCAUCACUGUCAGAGGGGCAGGAAAGCCCUCCGUCUUCCCCUGAAAUUCCACCUGGGACUUAUCCUCUUUGGUCAAUCAAACCCGUCUCCUUCCUGCUUUAAAUGGAAAAUUUUCUGCUUUUUCUUUUUUUUUUUUUUUCGUUUACUGCUUAUUUCUUCCCUUUUUACUUUAUAUUUUCCGCUUUUUUUCCAUUCUUUCAUUUCCUUUUUUUCUUUUUUCUUCUUUUCCUUUUCUGCAUUUUUACAAUUUUUUUUUACUUCUGCUUUUCUGGUUUUACUUUUCUUAAAUAUUUGCUUCUCUCCUUUUCUUAACUUUUCUUCUUUUUCCCCUUCUUACCUUUUCUGCUUUUUAUUCCUUUCUUCGUUUAUACAUUUUUCAUUUUCUUUUUCACCUUUUUUCUUUUUUUCUUUUAACCUUUACCUUAUCUGCUUUUUCCCCAUUUCUUUCGAUAUCGGCUUUUUUGUAUUUUUGCUUUAUCACUUCUUUGCUUUUUCUCUGGUGUUCCUUCGUUUUCUCCUUUUUUUAGCUUUUUUGCUUUUAUCACUUUUAUUCCUUUUCUGUUUUUUUCCCUUUCUUAACUCUUCUACACUUACAUUUUUUCAUUUCCUUUUUUCACUCUUUUCUUUUUUUUUUAUUCUCUUUUUUAACUUUUCUGCUUUUCUCCUUUUCUUUUCGCUUUUUCUCUUUCGUCCUUUUCUGCUUUUUUCCCUUUCUGCUUUUCUUGUUUUUUUCCUUUUCUUUACUUUUCUACUUUUAUCACUUUUAUUUCUUUGGUUUUUACAUUUUUUUUUUCUUUUUUCACUUUCAUCCUUUUCUGGGGUUUUUUCCUUAUUUCCCCUUUUCUUCUUUUUUCCCCUUUCUGCACUUUUCUACUUAUUAUCAUUUUUUUUUACCUUUCCUGCUUUUUUUCGCCUUAUUCUAAUUUCAUUUCCCGCUCUUAUCUUUUUUUCUAUUUCUGCUUUUCCCCCUUAUUAUUCUAUUUCUGCUCUUCUGUUUUUUCUUUUUCUUAACUUUUCUACUUUUUCCCUUUCUUACAUUUUCUCCUCUUUUUUACUUUUUUUACAUUUUUCAUUUUCUUUUUUCAUUUUUCUUCUUUUUUCCAUUUUUUAA